CGCGGUCCAAUCACGUCUCUGUGCCGGCCGCUUCUCCUCACUCCUUCCGGGUCGUCGCAAAGUUCGCCUGUGCUGCACAGAGCCGGGGACUGUCUUCAAAGGAGGGCUGUUGUGUGUCCUCUAUAGCUCCUCCUGCAGUGUGAGUGUCAGGUGUGUGUGCGUGCACCAUGGCGAGCCUCCUCCGAGUUGUGGCGGCCAGCUGCUCAGCGCCUGUGUUCAGCGGGGUUUCUGCUGUAAAGCUGCAGAGUGGCCGUACCAUCAAGUCUACAUGCCUGCGGUUUUUUAGGACCCAUCAAGCUCUCGGGCGAUGUGCUAGUCCAGGUAUUCCAUACAAACAACUCACAGUCGGCGUUCCCAAAGAAAUUUUCCAGAAUGAACGCAGAGUGGCGCUAUCGCCUGCUGGCGUCCAGGCACUCAUCAAACAGGGUUUCAAUGUUGUUGUGGAGUCCGGAGCUGGAGAGUCUUCCAAGUUCGGUGAUGAACAGUACGCCCAGGCCGGAGCAACAAUUAAAGACCUCAAAGAUGUCUUAGCAUCUGAUGUGGUGGUUAAGGUCCGUGCUCCUAUUUUCAACCCUGCUCUGGGUGUGCAUGAGGUGGAUAUGAUGAAGGAUGCAUCUACUUUGAUCAGCUUCAUCUAUCCAGCUCAGAACCCUGAGCUCAUGGACAUGCUGUCCAAGAAGAAAGCAACUGUCCUGGCUAUGGACCAGGUGCCCAGAGUCACCAUCGCCCAGGGUUACGAUGCACUGAGCUCCAUGGCAAACAUCGCAGGGUACAAGGCAGUCGUGUUGGCAGCUAACAGCUUUGGACGGUUUUUCACUGGACAAAUUACAGCAGCCGGGAAAGUGCCUCCUGCAAAGGUGCUCAUCAUUGGAGGCGGCGUGGCUGGGUUGGCAGCAGCCGGUACCGCCAGAGCCAUGGGAGCCAUUGUCAGAGCCAUUAGAAAAAUUGGUAGCCAUUGUCAGAACAUAGGAUUUGAUGCACGAGCUGCAGCUUUGGAGCAGUUUAAAUCUCUGGGUGCAGAACCACUGGAGGUGGACAUUCAGGAGUCAGGAGAAGGCCAGGGAGGCUACGCCAAGGAAAUGUCUAAGGAGUUUAUAGAGGCAGAGAUGAAGCUGUUUGCUAAGCAGUGUCAGGAGGUGGACAUUGUCAUCAGCACUGCUCUUAUCCCUGGUAGGCGGGCACCCAUCCUAAUCACCAAGCCAAUGGUAGAAAGUAUGAAAGAUGGCUCAGUGGUGGUGGACCUGGCUGCUGAGGCAGGUGGAAACAUUGAAACCACAGUACCUGGAGAGCUCUCUGUAUACAAGGGCGUGACCCAUAUUGGCUACACAGACCUACCCAGCCGUUUACCUACUCAGUCCAGCACUUUGUAUUCCAACAACAUCACCAAGUUGAUCCGGGCGAUCAGCCCCGACAAGGAGAACUUUUACUUUGAUGUCAAGGACAAGUUUGACUACGGGACCAUGGAUCACGUUGUCAGAGGAUCUUUUGUCAUGGAGAAAGGAAAGAACCUGUUCCCCGCUCCUCAGCCUCUCAACGUGCCCGUCGCAGCUCCUCCUAAAACAAAGAGCGUCCAGGAACUGGAGGCAGAGAAGGCUGCGCAGAUUUCCCCUUUCAGGGCCACACUCACCAGCGCUGGGGUUUACACUGGAGGCAUCGCCACCCUGCUUGGUCUGGGCCUGUCGGCUCCCAACGCUGCCUUCACUCAGAUGGUCACCACCUUUGGUCUGGCUGGCAUCGUGGGAUACCACACAGUGUGGGGAGUCACUCCUGCUUUGCACUCUCCUCUCAUGUCUGUCACCAACGCCAUCUCAGGUCUGACGGCUGUGGGUGGUCUGUCCCUGAUGGGAGGGGGCUACGUCCCAACUUCGACUGCUGAGACACUGGCUGUGCUCGCUGCCUUCAUCUCUUCGGUCAACAUUGCUGGUGGUUUUCUGGUGACUCAGAAGAUGUUGGACAUGUUCAAACGUCCCACUGAUCCCCCAGAGUACAACUACCUCUAUUUGCUUCCUGGUGGUGUCUUCGUCGGAGGCUACGCUGCUGCUCUGCAGUCUGGAUAUAACAUUGAACAGAUGAUGUACUUGGGCUCAGGCUUGUGCUGCGUUGGUGCCCUGGCUGGCCUUUCUAACCAGACCACAGCCCGUCUGGGUAACACUUUAGGUAUGAUGGGAGUCGCAGGUGGGAUUGCAGCCACUCUGGGUGCCCUCAAACCAAGUCCUGAGCUCCUGGCACAAAUGAGUGCAGCCAUGGCUGUGGGUGGCACUGCUGGCCUGGCCAUUGCUAAGAAGAUCCAGAUCAGUGACUUGCCCCAGCUGGUGGCUGCUUUCCACAGUUUGGUUGGGUUGGCUGCUGUGCUCACCUGUGUGGCUGAAUACAUGAUUGAGUACCCACACUUUGCCACAGACCCUGCAGCCAACCUCACCAAGAUAGUUGCUUAUCUUGGAGCCUACAUCGGUGGAGUCACUUUUAGCGGCUCUUUGGUGGCAUACGGCAAACUGCAAGGUAUGUUGAACAGCGCUCCUCUGAUGCUUCCUGGUCGUCACGCCCUGAAUGCCACUCUUAUGGCAGCAAGUGUCGGUGGGAUGAUUCCCUACAUGCUGGAUCCAAGUUACACCACAGGCAUCACCUGUCUGGGAUCAGUGUCUGCUCUCUCUGCUGUCAUGGGUGUAACACUGACAGCAGCUAUUGGAGGUGCUGACAUGCCGGUGGUAAUCACCGUACUCAACAGUUACUCAGGCUGGGCCCUGUGUGCCGAGGGCUUCCUUCUCAACAACAACCUGCUGACCAUCGUCGGAGCUCUCAUCGGGUCAUCUGGAGCCAUUUUGUCAUAUAUUAUGUGUGUGGCCAUGAAUCGCUCACUGGCUAAUGUGAUCUUGGGAGGCUAUGGCACAUCUUCCACCGGCACAGGAAAGCCCAUGGAGAUCACAGGGACACACACAGAAGUCAAUGUGGAUCAGACUGUCGAGAUGAUUAAAGAGGCCCACAGCAUAAUCAUCACUCCAGGUUACGGUCUCUGUGCUGCAAAGGCCCAGUACCCCAUUGCAGACUUGGUGAAGAUGCUCAAAGAGGCGGGCAAGAGAGUCAGGUUUGGUAUUCACCCGGUUGCUGGCCGUAUGCCUGGUCAGCUAAAUGUGCUCUUGGCUGAAGCUGGUGUCCCGUAUGACAUCGUCCUGGAAAUGGAAGAGAUCAAUGAGGAUUUCCCUGAAACUGACCUGGUCCUGGUGAUCGGCGCCAAUGACACAGUUAACUCAGCGGCCCAAGAAGACCCCAACUCCAUCAUCGCUGGUAUGCCCGUGCUGGAAGUCUGGAAGGCGAAGCAGGUGAUUGUGAUGAAACGCUCCCUGGGUGUGGGCUACGCAGCUGUUGACAACCCCAUCUUCUACAAACCCAACACUGCAAUGUUGUUAGGCGACGCUAAGAAGACUUGCGAUGCCCUACAAGCCAAGGUCCGCGAGUCCCAGUAACGUGCCCCCUGCCUCAACCAGGCACCUCCGCUGAGAGCACACACAUGGAGAGAGAAAGGACGAAAACAAUAAGGCUUAGUUUUUCCAAACGUAUUCCAGCAUUCAGUUCAUCUUUGUCCAAUUGCAACGCAGCCAAGUGAACAAAGAUGAUUAAUAGGGUAAGAGCUUUUCUCCAAACCUUUUCUGUGAUCUAUAAAUAAAAGCAAAUUUGCUUUUGCAAUCACAGCUGAAUAAUGCAGAUAUUGUAGAUUUAUCAUUUCCUAAUGAGGUAAUGCACAAUUCUUUUAUUUCUAGAUCUAAAAGAAAGGGUUUGUCAACUUUCUGCAUGUCUUCUGUUUAAUAAGGGGAGCAGCUGACAGCAAGUCAUCUUCAUUAUAGAGACGUAUAUUAAUGUAAAACAGCCACAAAUGUAGAUAAGAUGUUAGAGAUGAUGCAUUUCACUGUUAAGGUGUUUUAGAAAAUAGCCAAUAGCUAAAAGAAAAUAUUAGACUUGGACUGGAAUUUAAAAAAUAUGAUGGUGAAUCACCAGAGGAGGUAUGACAGACUUAAGCGCUAACAUUUUACCACCCUGUAAAGAUUCCUCGCUCCUUUUUUUCCCCACUUUGGUUUUGUUUUAGUCAUGUGUUCCCUUUGAUAAAUCUGCUCUCACCUAUCUUUUUCCCCCCCUGUACAAGUAAAAAGAAAAAAGGCAGAAUAGUGCAACAUUUCAGUUCCAGUUUUAUACUGUAUUGGGAGAUUUUUUUGUAUUUGGUCUAAUAAUUAUUUUAGAAAAUGUCUGUAUGUAGUGCUGUUUGCUUUUUCUCUUUUCACUUGAGUGUAUCUCGUGACCUUCCACCAAUGCCUCGUGUUCACCAGCCACACUUUGGUUCAAGAAAACUGCUGAAAAAAAUCCAUUCAGACUUCUUCCGUCAGAUGAGCAAUGCAAUAAACCAAAAGGAUCUGACUUCAUGUGUGCCACCACAGCUGUGCUGAAAGCUAGUGAAGCCCGUCUCGCUCUUACAAACACACUCUGAUAGCCGACUGGAUUUUUAUGAUGUGUUUGAACCAGAUGUGUUUCUUCUUUCUGUGUGGUUCAGAUAGUACAGUAAACAAAAUGCUAUCCUGCUGGCCUUAAUGGUAAAGAAGGUUUCUUUUUUUUUCUUUUAAGUGAACGUGGCUCAUCCACUCCAAUGUGUGUCCUCAUUAUUGCUCUACAGUGAAAUGAAGGUUUGUAAAGUAGGGCCAGAUGUCAGUCGGCCUUGUUGCGUCGAGUCUAAGCAACUAAGCAGUUAUUUAAUUGAAAUUGUUGCCACGAUCCAGCAGAUAUGAGGUGUCCGUUAUCAUGAAGUACUUCUAAAAUCUUUUUCUUCCUUUCUUUUAUUAAAGUCCAAAAAACAAAAGAAGUGCCAAAUGGCCCCUCGAAUUCGGAAAGAUUUGCAUUAUGAAAAAACACUCGAGUAGAUCACAGACCAAAAAAAGAUGGCAGCUUCCACUUUCUACCUGUUGCUUCACAACUGAGUCACGUAUAAACGUGCUCCAUUUAAUUUUUUGCUGCGGUUGCAAUGCUGCAGCAGAUCAAUUGGCGAGAAUGUAUAUUGUGGCGUAGUUUGAACAAUAGUCAUGAGGUAACAUGUGAGCAGUCUUCAUCACUUUGUAAUCUACAAGUACUGUAUACAUUAGUUGUUAUAGUAUCAUCCUGGGACCUGAUAUGUUGACAACUGUCCUACCUCUCCAUGAAAUGGCCAAUACCUUUCCACGGGACCUUCACCUGACCAGUCACCUAUUACGUAAUCAAGCACAGGAUCAGGACAGACAAAUUCCAACCAAACGCAGGACCAAUAGCCUUCUGUUUUGUGUUCAUGUUGCAUUUUUUUUAACCACCUGACCUCAGUUUGCUGCCAGCAAGUUUGCUUUGUUGUGCAAGUGUAGAGCUGCACAUGUCACUAGUGCUCAUGAGGGCCUAUCGUUCUCACGUCUUAGCUUCCACAAGGAAAUGCAUUCUUUGUUUGAUAUCGAGCAAAUUAAAAGUGAUGGAAAAUCUUGAUAAUUAUGCUAGUAUGCCUCCCCCUUAUGCCUGUUGCGUUUCUUCUUCUUUUUAAGGAAAGUAUUUUUGUAAAGAGGCAGAGCAACAAUGAGGUUUUAAAGUUGUACAAUGUUUCAGUGCACCAUGUUAGGGAGACGAACUGAUGAAAUGUACUGUGAACUUGUUUUUUCCCCUCUUUUGUUUGUCAUGGAACAUUUUCAUCCCUAAUAAAUCUGUAUUUACACUAAA